AUGGUCCCGGUUGGGCAGCCUCAGGCACCCAGCCACACCCCCCCGCCGCCGCCGGGGCAGCCGCCAGCGCCGCCACCGCCGCCCUCAGAUGUGGGCGUGCAGCUUGUCAGACUAGACGGGGUCGAGAUCUGCGGGGAUGAGCCGUGGUUUGCAGAUGCCGGUAUUCGGCGGCGCCUCCGGGAGUCUGUGGCAGAGGCUCACAAGGAGCAGAAGAUCCUCGUGGGUCCGCCGGCGGAUGAGGUCUUGCGGAUUUGCCCCGAUGACGGGCGCGUGCUGGGCGCGGGGGCAGUGCUGCGGCUCGGGGGCGCCCACCUGGGCGGCUACGGGGAGUCCGACAUCGCCUACGCCUACCGCCAGCUGUCACGCGCCUUGCACCCCGACAAGAAUCCGGACCUGGACAAAGCGCAGGCUGCUUUUCAUAGACUUUCAGAGGCUUCCGAAGAGCUUCGACAAGGGCUCCAGGAGCAGAGAAAUGCACUGAAGUUAAUUGUUGGAGUGAUGGGAGGCACAGCCACGGAGUCGAUGCUGGAACGGCCACAGGAGGCUCUCUUUGCCGAGGCCAGCAGACUCUUGUGUGCUGUGUGUGGCAUCGUCACCGAGGGGGAAGUGCCACAUGCGGCGCAGGCACGUGCGCAAAUGAAGUUUCAGCGUUCAUCGCGCAUGUUCUACAGUUGCCACAUGCAGACGCUCAUGACUGAAUGGUUCGAGAGAACACAUCUACUCGACCUAUACGCCAGCGUGCCAAUCAGGACAGCAUACGAUUGCGCGCCGAAGUGCUUCCGAGCACAGUUUCUGUGCUUGCUGAACAGGGCUGCCAUGGCGGAGGCAAAGCGAUUCAAUGACUGUGUGAGAGGCAGCUGGCCGAAGAUCAUGCAGACCUUCCCGGAGAUGGGGCUUUGGCGGGAGCUGCGGCAGGCUGUCCAUGCGCGGGUGUGGGACAGCAGCGGGGAGCCGCCGCCGAAGGAGCCUGUGCAAGAGGCAGCUCCAGACGCAAAGAGAAGCAGGAGCAGAAGCAGGAGGAGGAGCCGGAGCCGAAGCCGGCGCCGGCGGGACGACAAGAAGCGGGGCCGCGGGAAUGAUGAGAUUGAUGAUGGAAGACGCCACCGGGACGACACGGAUUGGUACGCGAAAAACCCCAUUGGCCGCCGUGGAAAGGGCCCGCUGGCUGAGCGCGAGCGAAAGCGCGACUUCGCGUGGGAUGCCCGCUGGACCGCCAGCGAUGAUGACGGGCAGAAGCCGACCAAGAAUGAGGAUGCUGUGGAAGAGGCGCCGCCAAGCCGAAACCCCCGUGAGGUCAUCAGCGCGCACCCCUCCGGGCACCGGGCCUGCAAGUGGGCGCGCAAGUGGCGCUCUGCGAUGGCCGCGGUGCUGCCCAGCGGCCUGGAUGAGGCUGUGCCCCUCACAGAUACGGAGGUUCGAAAGCUGGGGCUGCUGCUGUGGAAGGACGUUGUAUCGUGGGUGCAGAGAACCGACGCCAACCGGUACUUGGGCCUUUUCAGAGCAGACCAUCAGAAUGCGAAGACCUUCGGCUGGGAUGGCAAGGAGAUGCCCUCACGGGGCUUGGAGCCGGGCAGGGUUCCCCCGGAGUGGUCCUUUGUGCCAGUGACGGACCUCUUCCUUCUCGUGGGCGAAGGAUUGGUGGGAAUCACUACGGAAGGCAUCUUUGCGGACAAGACAAAGGGUCAAGGAAGACGAAGCCUAAAGGAAUGUUAUAAGAAGCGCGAGAAGGACACGGAGAAAGCUGCCAGGGCCUGA